AUGGACGUGUUUUCUCCUUUCUUCAGCUACUUCACACAAAACUCCUGGAGCUGCCCGAGUUCAGACUCUGAAUUCUACAACAUCUCAUCUCCUGAAGCAGUUUCUCCUACUUCCUACAUGGACUUCUCUCCUUCAGCUCAGCUUCUGAACAGUUCUUCUCCUCCUCCCGGAGGUGCAAAGGCUCCCAUGACGGGUUCCUUACAUCAGGACGGCUCACGUUCCCGUGUUGGGACUAGAAGAAUGCGCUCCAAAAACCCGAGCAAGCAAAGACAGAGCGCCAGCGAGAAGGAGAAGCUCAGAAUGAGGGAUUUGACCAAAGCUCUCCACCACCUCAGGACUUACUUACCUCCUUCUGUGGCUCCUGUCGGCCAAACCUUGACGAAGAUCGAGACCCUUCGCCUCACCAUCCGCUACAUCUCCUAUCUGUCUGCUCAACUAGGCCUCAGUGAGGAGUCUCUCUGCCAGAUGAGGGACCUGAGAGCUCCUAGAUACCAAGAAUCACCUCAAAGUCAGGGCUAUUCAACUCCAGAGUACUGGGGGCUCAGCACAUCACAUCAAGAACUGUCUCAAAGCACCUUCAGACCUUCAGUGCAUGUCUUGAGGAAGACAGAAAUGGAUUGUCAUCAGGUCUGCAUGAGCCUGGAAACACCUGCUUGUGAUGAUUCCUUCAACUCCAGCUCCGAAUCUCUUCUGGAAGGCCCUUUGUAUGCAGAUACAGCCCCAACAUACCAGGACUACAACAAAGCUGUCCGCUGUCCGAUUGCACCGGAGUUCUGGGGAUGA